ACACCAUUGUGAAGAUUGAAUAAAGGACACACUAUUUCAAUACCUAGAAAAAGCAACUCUAUGGAGUAGCAAUCCCAUCAAACAAAACAUAUUUUGAUAAUUAGUGGUCAUCUUGAAAAUUUCUUCUUGAACGUAGCAUAUCAGCUGCCAAUUUCUUCUUGAGAAGAGCUCCUUUGUCCCUUAAAAUUUGUUCCAUAUCCGUCCACUGGUAUUCGCGUUAUUAAAGAUUUUGUUCUUUUACAAAAAAAUGAUGGGCAUUUUGAAAUUCAACCGCCAUCUUGAAAAUGUCUUCUUUAGAAGGGCUCCUUUAGGCAUCUGCUGGUAUUUGAAUUAUAAAAGAUUAUGAUUUUUAGGAAAAAUGGCAGCCAUUUUUAAAUUCCACUGCCAUCUUGAAAAUUCUUUCUGGAACUGAACUGCUGUGUCCCUAGGCAUCAGUAUAUAAAGUUUGAACCAAAUCAUUUCACUGGUAUAUGAGUUAUCAAAGAUUAUGUUUUUUACAAAAAAUCCAGGCUAUUUGAAACUCAGUGGCCAUCUUGAAAAUCUCUUUAUGGGCAAAGCUCCUUCUUUGUCGCUAGGCAUCAGCAUAUAAAAUUUGAACCAAUUACAUUUUCUACGAAAAAUGGUGGCCAUUGUGAAUUGAGUGGCCAUAUUGAAAAUUCUUUCUCGAGCAGAGGUCCUAUUCUCACACGGUAUCUUUCUGUAAAAUUUGAACUAAAUCUGUCAAUCGGUAUUUGAGUUAUCAUCCAGACCUACGUACAGACAAAUUGACUGACAGACAGGUUUUCUAUAUCCCUCAAACUUUAUUCAACCUCUCGAACUUCAUUCGAUGGGAUCAAUAUAACCAUGCCAUACACUGCUAUGUCUACCAAACUAAAUUGUCAAUAAUAUUUAUCUAUAAUGUAUUGUUUAAUGUAUUGUUGUUUGAAUCACAAUUUUAGAUAAACAUGAACAAAGUUCACCAUGCAUUUUUCAGUUUAGGAAUAUAGUACAAUCACAAUAACUUUUUAAUUUUCAUUUUUUAGCGUUUACAAGUCGUUCAAUAGGUGCAAGUAACAAGUUGGUACUGAUCCAGAUUUAAACAAUUAAAAAUUGUUUCCAAAUUUAGGUAAUAAUCUUCCUUGAGGGCUGUAUCAUAAAUCUCUGAUUCAGGAAUUGGUUUACAAUAUAGGUGUAUAGUUCAUGUAGAUGGUAUUAUUAAAGGAACUGAUUGGCUCUUUUUCAUGAUCUAAACCUUAAAACACUUAUGAUAUCACAUGACAUUCAAGGUAUACUGCAAAGUACGUAAGUAGGUUAAGACAAGUAGUGAACAAAGACGUGAAAAUAAAUAUGGCAAUGUCUAAAAUGGAUCUAGGUCCUCUGAAGGACACAGUGAACUGUUCGAUCUGUAUGGAGACAUUAGAUGAUCCCAGAUCUCUGCCGUGCAUGCAUAUCUUUUGCAGAAAAUGUAUUCAGGGUAUAAUGGACAGAUAUAGGAGGAACUUCCCAUGUCCUAUCUGCCGGGAAAGAUGCCCGAUAUCCAAUCAAGGGGCUGCUGGGUUGAAGGUGAACUGUUUUGUAAAUUCAGUUUUGGAUGCAAUGAAGGGGCUCAAAGUAGCAGACACAACUUGGAACUGUGAUAUCUGCUAUCAAGAUGGGAAAUCCAUUCGUGCUGUGUCGCAAUGUAUAGAGUGUAAUGAGAAGCUGUGCCAACUUUGUGGACAUGUGCAUAAACGGUCUCGUUUAUCAAAGUCUCACCUCAUACUUGACCUUACAGGUGACAGGUCCCUCGAUGCAAAAGCUGCUAUCAGUAUGCUAUCACAACGCACUCUCUACUGCCAAGAGCAUUAUAAUGAGCCAUUAAAAUAUUUCUGUAAGGAUGACCAGCAUCUUAUCUGUCAAGACUGCUUUGCUUUCAACCACCAAGGCCAUGAAUUAGAAAACAUUGAGAAAACAGCCAGAGUGAGCAAAGAGAAUCUCAGCUCUGUCAUUGACUUAGGAAAACAGAGGUUAUACAAGUACAUGGAAGGCAUAAAAACUGGUUAUACAGAGAAGGACAGCAUUCAGAAAAAUAUUGAUAAUUCAAUGACGAAGUUGGAUGAUGAGCAAAAAGAGCUGCAUGCUGAAGUUGAUGCCCAUAUUAAUGCAAUGAAGGCCAAAGUAAAUAACAUUGGUGGUGAUGCAAUGAACAAUAUCAAGGCUCAAAUCACUGAACUUGAGAAUGAGAAAAAAGCAAUUGAUGACACUGUACUACAGCUAGAAAUACUGAGUCAGCAUGGUCACACUGGUGAUAUUGUCUUCAUGGUGCCAGAAAUCAACAGCAAGAAAGAUGCAUGGUCUACUGAACCUCAUGUCAAAAUAAACCAUCAGGACAGAGUUAGGGUUGAACCAAGUCAAAUAAAACAUCAAAAUCAAAUCACAUUUGGUUCAGUUAAUGCUGCCUCGGAUCAAGUCAAAAUGAGUGCAUUUGAAUCAUUUCUUUUAACUCCAAUAGCAGCUGGUUUUGCAGCAGCAGCAGUUGGUUCUGCAUUAUUUGGCAAGCCCAAAGCAGAUGAGGAAGAUUAGCUUAAUAUUCUACUAUUCUUCAUAUAAAGUAUUGAAAAGCAACACUGUUGCUUUAAAACAUCGGAAUAGUUCACUUUUCUAGCAUUUUAUUAGGGAUAACCCCUUUUGAAUAUGGUCAAUAAUUAUUGGGAUACUAUUCAUGCCUAUAUUAUGAAUUGGCUAUCAGAGAGGUUUCGAAUAACUUUUUAUACCUAAAACGUAUCCACAACCACAUCUUGUUUUAAUUGAACUGCUACCUAUAAAUCUGGUGAAUGUGUUAGGGAUUUUAGAUAUGUUGAGCUAUAAACAUUGUGUGAAACCUCUCUAUUAUUUUAUUGUUUCUGCUUAGCGCUUAUCAUUGAAUAUUUUAAAUGUGGUGUAGAAUUUAAACCAGAAAUGAGUUAAUUACAUGAUAUCAUAAUAUCUACUCGUACAUAUCACUUCAUAAUAUAUGAAAAGAUGUCUCUGAUACAAUGCAGCAAUUUUAUGAAAUAAAUAAUAUAAAUGUUGAUUGUUUAUUUUGUUUGUUUGUUUGAUACCAAAAUGAAUUGCAUUGCUAUAGCUCUGACAAGCUUGUCUCCACAUACCCACAGCACAAUACAGUAAAAUAAUAAUUAGAAAAAUAUCUUCUUGAGCAAGCCUCCUUUGUCCCUAGGUUACAGCAUAUAAAAUUCAAACCAAAUCUGUCCACCGCUAUCUAAAUUAUCAAAUAUUACGUUUUUGCCCAAAAAUGGUGGCCAUUUUGAAUUGAGGGGCCUUAUUGAAAAUUCCUUCUUGAGCAGAGGUUCUACACACAUAAGGUAUUAGCCUAUUAAAUUUAAAUCAAAUCAGUUAACCAGUAUUUGAGUCUGGAGAAACAGACAAACAAACACACUAACAGACAGCUUCUCUAUAUCCCUCUCGAACUUUGCUCGGUGGGAUAAUUAUAUAAAAUGUAACAUGCCACUUAAAUCUUAUAGCAUAUUGAAUAAAUUUUGCACCAUAAGAGACAUCAUCGUGACAUCACUUAGGGUGCAAAUUUUUGGGGAAAAUUAAAAUAAAAAUUUCUGUGCCAACCUUUUCUAAAUAUGCUAAACUUUCAAAAUAAACCAAUGUUCAUUGUCUAACUAGGUUGAAAGAAGAAUGGAACUGGAAUGGAAUAGGUUUGUAUUGUAUUAGUAGAAAAUGAUGAAAUUGACAGAAUAAAC